AUGUCUAAUAUCAAGAGGGAACCGUCAGACAGAAAAAGCACGAUGUCAACGCCCGCCACCAGCCCUACAAAGACCAGCCAGCGCGAGACUCUCACUUCCACCACUCCCACCGCUCCCACCACGGACCCAGAUCCAAACCCAUCACAGCUCCUUGACCUCCCAACCCUCACCGACACCUUCUCCCAACUGGUGCACAAACUCUCCGCCCUCGCCUCCGUCGUCUCGCAGGGCGGUAGCAUCGCCAUCGCCACUGGGUGUACCGCCACCGUCGCCGAGCGCAACAGCAUUCCUGGCGCCAGCAGCAUCCUCUCCCUAGCCGAAGUAGCCGAGCUACAAACCAUUCGAAGAGUAAUUGAUACAGCGACGGAGGUACAUGCCCGUUUCAGGCGCGAGAUGCGGCAGUUGAGCAAGCAGCAUCACAAGUCCAGCGAGAUGGUGCGCUCUCGACUGGUUAGUUUACAGGCUAAGAAUCCCAGGUCAAAGCACCAUAGAAGGAAGCUCAGGGGUGGGAGGAUGACUGGUGGGAGAGCCGAUUCUAAGAUCGCAGCCGGUUCGAUCGGGUCACAACUUCCAAACUUUGGUCCGGAUUUAAUCCCCAGAAAACAUCGUGGUUCUGUUGGGGACCUCCUGCGGGGUACGUGUUUCGAGGGUGUCCAGAAUUCUACGUCCACGCUUGAAGGCAGUGUUGCAACGCCCGACUCUGCUCAGACACACAAGUCGUCUGUUGAAGGCAGUCAGCAAAGCGCAAAGCAUAACUUUGGCGAUGGGGAGGGGCGUGAAGAGACGGUUGUCUUGGAGGAGAAGUAA